GUUCCACGGCCACAUUUCCGGGCAUUUUCUGCUGAUCACCACCUUUGCCCGAGUGCUGGGGACCCCGACUUUCCAACCUGCCCAACCCGUGUGGCACCGUGGGGAUGCAAACCCUGACUCAGCCCGCCCGGCGCUCCUGGGAAGAGCCUGACUCACGGGAGCCCAUUGCCGGCUAAUUACGGGCUGUGCCCAUCCCGCCAGCGUGGGAACCGGGGCCACUAAGCCCCUAAAAGCUCCCCAUCAUUCCCGACCCAUUAAUGUUCCUAAUUAGCUGAGCCCGGCGCCUCUUUGUGCCGCCGGGCUGGCUCGGGCUCCCCGAGCGCGCAGCCCCGGCUCCGUUAUGUAACGAUCCCCGCUCUUCCCCACUGCUGUUUUAUCGCAUUUAUUCGCAUGUGCCUCUUCCCCAGCGCCCCUGGGGCGAUGGCCGAGCCGGGCAGGUCCGAGCCGGGCAGGUCCGAGCCGGGCUCGCAGCGCCGCUGAGCAGCCCGAGCAGCCGGGCUGCGCCCGGGGCCCGUUGGGGCGGUUGGGGCGGUUGCCCGGGGGUUAAAAACCGUUCGGCAGAGCCCGAGCGGCUGCCGGCCCCUUUCCCUGGGCUCUGACUUUCAUUCCCGGUCCCUCUGUCCCUUCCUGCCAAGGAAACCAUCUCCACGGCAACCUCCACCCUCCGGGCGCUGCCUGGAGCCGCUCGGCGUCCCCAGGACCCUGGGCAGGAUGAAGCUGCUGGGGGCCGCGCUGGUGGCGCUCGCCCUGCUCCUGCCGGGCGCCCGGGGCAGCGAGGCCUCCCGGACCUGCAUCUUCCAGACCCUCAGCGACUCGGACCACGAGUUCUGCAGGGGGGAUCUGGAAGUCAUCUACCCCGAGGUGGGCGACGUGAGCUGCUCCUACAUCCCCAAGUGCCACGGCUACCGGCAGAAGCUGAGCCAGGAGUGGGGCAAGCCCCGCGUGCGCUACCCCUGGGCCAAGAAGAACAAGAAAUACGUCCUGGUGAUGGUGGACCCCGACUGCCCCAACAGAGCCAACCCCCGGCACCGCUUCUGGAGGCACUGGCUGGUCACUGACAUCCUGGGUUCGGAUCUGAGGGUUGGGAAGAUCAAAGGGAAGGUCCUGACAGACUACGGGCGGCCCAAGCCCUCGCGCUACAGCGGCUACCACCGCUACCAGUUCCGCCUGUACCGGCAGCCGCAGCACCAGACCAUCUCCCUGAGCUCCGAGGAGCAGGAAUCGCUGGGCACCUGGGACUUGAAGGACUUCGUGGAGGAUUUUCACCUGGGCCACCCUGUGGCCUCGACCCAGUUCCUCACCAAAAACUACAAUGAUUAACUGCAGCCAUCCCUUCCUUGCCCUGCACAUCCCCAAGCCACAGAGCCGCCUCUGCCCGGAGCAGAGGGGACCCCAGGACCACUGAGGAUGAGCCCACCCUGCUCCCAGCCCCAGCCCCAGCCCAGCCCUCCCCUCCCAAAGCCAAGUUCUCUUUCCCUCUGGGAUCGUGCCAGGAGUUGUCCCAGCUCGCCUGGCUGUCCCAGCAAUUCUGGCAUCCCCCCUUCUCCCCCCUUCACCCCAUUUCUGACUUGACCCCCUGCAUGUCCCCCUGGCACUUUGGGGACUUUGAUGCCUGCAGCUUCCUGAAUAAAAUUUGGAUGGAGCA